AUGUCAGCCGGACGUUCGAGUACAAAUACUCGAACAUCAUCUAUGACACGUCCAAUGCCACUAAUUAAUACUACUCCAGGUGUUUCAUCAAUAACAAGAUCAAUUCAAUCGGGCAGUAUGAAUGUAACAAUCAAUACUGCUACAUCGAGACCACUGACUGGAGUCAGACAAAGAUCGACAGAUAGAACAAAUAUUUCGACACGAUACAUUCCAGCAACAGCAUCAUUAAGUCAACGAAGAGUGUCAACUGAUACGACAAGAUCGAGAUUAUCUAGUCAAGAUCAAUCUACUGUUAGUACAAAUCAACAUUAUACAAAUGGGGCAGUUAAUGAAUCAUCGAAUGAUCAUCCAGAUCGACAUGAAUCGAAUGGCUUGAAUUUGACAUCAACUACGAAUACAAAUGAAGAAUCAACGAAUGCAAAAGCUUCUUCAAUUGAUCGACAAAAUAGUCACUCACCAUCACCACUUGAAUCAAGAUUAAAACAAGGUGGUUUAACUGGUUUGCAAAAUCUUGGCAAUACUUGUUUUAUGAAUUCAGUACUUCAAUGUUUAUCGAAUACAAAGCCACUUUUAUUAUUUUGUUUCAAAGAUAAUCUUUCUGACUAUUUAAAUACAUCAUCAACAAGUGUGAUGAAAGGUGUUUUAAUGAGAGAAUAUGCAAAUUUAAUUCGAAAAAUGUGGACUUCAUCUGAUGGUCACUCUAUUGUAAGUCCUUCUUCAUUUAAAAAUACAAUCGGACGAUUUGCACCACGUUUUCUUGGUUAUGCACAACAAGAUUCUCAAGAAUUUUUAAGAUAUCUUUUACAAGGACUUCAUGAAGAUGUUAAUCGUGUACAACGAAAACCAUCACCAAUUAAAAUUGAUGAAAAAGCAGAAGAAAAAAUGAAAGAAAGAGAUCGUGCAAAAUUAAGUUGGGAACGUUGUUUACUUUACGACAAUAGUUCUAUUUCUGAUAUAUUUGCUGGACAAUUGAAAAGUACUCUUGAAUGUUGUCAUUGUCAAUAUCAAUCAACAACAUUUGAUAUGUUUUGGGAUUUAUCGAUUCCAUUACCACGAAGUAAAUCAUCAACUAGUGUACAAGAAUGUAUUCAAUUAUUUAUGAGUAAAGAAGAUUUAGAUGGAAAUGAAAAACCGAUGUGUGCCAGAUGUAAACAAAAACGACGAUGUACAAAGAAGUUUUCUAUACAAAAAUGUCCCGAUAUUCUUGUACUUCAUUUAAAACGUUUUUCGCAAGCUCGUGGUCGAACAAAAUUAAGUACUCAUGUAGAUUUUCCAAUAAAUAAUCUUAAACUUGACGAUCUAACUGAUGUUAUGUCUGAAAGUUAUGAAGGACCAGUUCCAACUUAUAAUUUAUUUGGUAUAUCAAAUCAUAGUGGUUCUGCAUACUCUGGUCAUUAUAUUGCGCAAUGUAAACAUCCAUUUACUAAUCAGUGGCAUGAAUUUAAUGAUUCAAGUGUUUAUUCAUUGAGUGACAAAUCUCGAAUAAUAUCGUCAAAUGCUUAUGUGCUAUUUUAUGAACGAAAUAAAUGA